UCAGCAGUGCACAUUCUCCUCUCCAUCACAGCAUUCCUUACAAAUUCUCUCAUUCUUGUUGCCCUUCACAAGGAAUCUUCCCUCCACCGACCGUCCAAACUCUUGUACCGUUCUCUGGCAACAACUGACCUGUUGGUUGGUCUUGUUGCCCAGCCUCUCUAUGCUACUUAUUGGAUGUCCUUAGUUCAGGAACACUGGAGCCUUUGUCGAUACGCAUUUGACGCAGCCUAUAUCACGGGCUCUGCAUUGUUUUUAACGUCUUUGAUGACGAUGACGGCCAUAAGCGUAGACAGACUUCUCGCCCUGUUGUUGGGGCUGAGGUACAAACAAAUCGUAACUUUGAAGCGCACAUAUAUCAUUGUAGCUACCAUCUGGAUUUUAUCUCUUGUCACUUCUUUAUGCGCUUUACUUGAUGAUCGUAUAACUUUUUUGUACCGUCUCAUAACUAUACCUCUUUGCUUGGUUAUUUCACUCGCAUCAUACACAAAUAUUUUUCGCACUCUCAGAUAUCAUCAGGUUCAGGCAGAAGAUCCCGUUCAACAACAGCCGAGCCAACUAAAUGUACUGAACAUAGCUCAAUACAGAAAAGCAGUGUAUAGUGCACUGUGGGUGCAGUUAGCAUUAGUUGUUUGUUUUGCACCAUUCUUUAUCGUGGUAACCGUGAUUGCACACAGUAAAACACAUUCAUCGCAUUUGGUCAUCCUAAGGGGAAUAACCGUUGUCUUGGUUUACUUUAACUCGACGUUAAACCCGUUUCUUUACUGCUGGAAGAUAAGUGAAGUAAGACAAGCAGUAAAGCAGACAAUCAGACAAGCACUUUGCUGUCCAAGGAGUUAGACCAUCUUGAGUUUUACCCGAUCGUACCAGUACUUUCAGUUCAAAACUGACUGAUAAGGAACGCUCGUCAAUCAGCUACACCAUGAUAUAUAUCUUUGCUCGAGAUCUCUCGAUUGUAUUUUUCGCACCUUAACAACUAAAGGGAAGGCAACCGAAAAACUAACCAUAAAUUUAUAAAAAUAGUUUUAGUGCUACCUCACAUUAUCAUGAUUAGAUCAAUUCAUAAUCUAAGAAAAGAUAUGCGCGCGCAGGAUCAUACUCACGUUUGUUAUUAUAAGAAAGUGUAAGGAACAAAAUUGAAGCAAGAACGGUUAGUACAAAGUUCUCUUUCAGGUUCACCGUUUUGCUGAAAUUAUAUGCUAAAGGGAAAAAGGAAUAUUGAAUGAAAAAAAAAAGAAAACAUAGACUUUUAAAAUAUCAGAUAGAAAGGGUCGCUUUAUUUCCAGUUUGAACAGCGAGAAUAUUUCCAAUUUAUUAUCGGGCCUAGAAAUAGCAGUAUAUCUAAAUAUACUGCUUAUUACUUAACUUAAAAAAAAAGUCGCAGUCGAGUUCCUUUAUUGUUUUGAAAACAGUAAUAUAGCUGAUGUCUUCAUUUUUACCAAGGGAUAUGACUUUAGUUUUAAUUUGUACUUGAAGUAAAUUUUACUGAUUGAAGUAAACAGCUAAUAGCGGCCAAUUUAAAGACAGCGGUCAAACACUGCGCAUGCACGUGUUUUGAAACCCAUGUAUUAUGUGAAGUGAAAAAGGAAAGGUUAAAUUCCUGACUAUUCCAAAUUGAAUGCGUGACACAGUUGAAUGAGGGAUUUCGGAGAAAGCUUAAAUCUUGGUCUUAUUUUAUAGUGAGAUAUCUCAACUUAUUUUUAACGCAGACACCUUGUUCCGGCGAUGAAGGCAAAUUACAGAACCUUUCUUCUACCUUUGUCAGCUUAAUGGCCAAGCUUACGACUUCAUCACGCCGCCAAGCAAAGUGUAAAAAAAAUUACGAGAGGGCAAACUAGAUCAACAAUGUGUAUAAUUCUAGGCCUUAGAAACUUUGAGCUUUCCUAAGAAACAACAAAAAACUACGCAUUAUUUAGAUUCUCAAUGUUGACCAUAGCAAAUUAUCCAUCUAAAAGCGCAUGCGUAAUCAUUUGACCGCUGUGUUGCCCAUCUAUUACUGUUUAGUAGUCAAGUUGUAGUCGCUAUUCGGAAUAAUUAAAGAAGAGAAAAAUGGGAAGGAGAAGUUCCAGGGAAAGAACUUCUACACAAGAAUCAAAUAAGUUGUUGAAUUUUUUUAACAAUGAAGGCACUCGUGUGGUUUGCUUCUCAGCUAUUUCCUCAUCGGUGAAUAAAAUAACGGAUCAAAAGUUAAAAUGAAUAACGUAGAGUCGAAAGAAGAGUAAAUAUGUUACAAAAUGAAUAAUUUAGUAUUUUCAUAACAGAGGCACCCAAAGGUUCUCGGGAAAAUUGGUUUUUUUACCCAACAGAAAUUUUUUUAUGCGACUGUCAGCUAGGACGCAAGGGAAACGCCGAAGACAGAAUUAUGUCCCCAACAAAUGUAAGUAGCGGUGGAAGUCACACGAAAUCAUUUCAUGAACUGCUAUGCUCUCCCUCUUUGGUUGGUGGGCUUCAACAACAACUAUCAAUUUGCUUCGUAGCGGUUGACAUUCUCCUCUCCAUUACAGCAUUUUUUGGAAAUUCUCUCAUCCUUGUUUCCCUUUGCAAAGAAUCUUCCCUACAUCCGCCGUCCAAACUCCUGUAUCGUUGUUUGGCAACCACUGAUCUGUUGGUUGGUGUUAUUACCCAGCCUCACAUGGCUCUACAUUGGAUGUCCGCGUCUCAAGAACACUGGAGCCUUUGUCGAUACGCAAGGGACGCAGUCGACAUUACAGGCUAUGUAUUUAUUUUAGUGUCUUUGAUGACGAUGACAGCCAUAAGCGUGGACAGACUUCUCGCCCUGUUGUUGGGAAUGAGAUACAAACAAAUUGUAACUUUGAAGCGCAUGUAUAUUAUUGUAACUACCUUUUGGGUUUUUAACCUUGUGGCCUCUUUAAGUGGAUUUUUUGAUCACCGUGUAACCUAUUUGUACAGCAGCCUAGUUAUAUCAUUUUGCCUGGUAAUAUCACUCGCAUCGUACACAAAGAUUUUUUGCACUCUCAGAUAUCAUCAAGCACAAGUGGGAGAUCAACAACAGCCGAGCCAGACAAAUGCACUGAACAUGGUGCGAUUUAGAAAGGCAGUAUACAGUGCACUGUGGGUACAGUUAGCAUUAGUAGUUUGUUAUGCACCAAUAUGUACAGUGUCAAUUGUGAUCGCUUAUACUAAAAAAUAUUCAUUACUCUUAGUCGUCACACGGAAAGUAGCAUUUAUUUUACUUUUCUUUAACUCGACGUUAAACCCGUUUCUUUAUUGCUGGAAGAUUAGUGAAGUGAGACAAGCAGUGAAGCAGACAAUUAAAGAAGCACUUUGCUGA